UUCCCCUCCGGCGGACCCGCCCCGGCCGCCAUGUUGUGGCGGCGGAAGCGGCGACAGGAGCGAGGGUAGUGGCUGCGGCGCACGGAGCAUGCACGGCGCGAAGCAGCGGCCCGCGGGCGCGCACCCUGGCCAGUGGGUGCUCAUUGCACCAGAAGCUGCUACUGACCUGCCUAAAACACCUGACAGUGAACCUUUGUUUACAAAACUGCGCAAUCCAAGCACAGGGGAAGAAACCCUUUACUUAUUCAACAGUGGUGCACGGCAGCUGUUUGAAGUAAAAGCUUUUCAUGAGGAAUAUCAUUCCUGGUUUAUAGGUCAGACUGUUCAACAAGAUGGGCGCCUGCUGUUUGUUACACCAAUGGACCCCUUAUUUCUGAUACUUUACUACCUCAUCAAGGCAGACAAGGAGCAGCAAGGAAAGUUCCAGCCACUUGAUCAAGUUGUGCAGGACUCAGAAUACCCUAGCUGCCUCUUGCUGCUGAAGUGUGCAGAUGUUGAACAGUACAUUCAUCAUGUAACAGAAGAAAAAGAGAUUGGCAGUCAGAAGUUCCACAAAUACAGCCAAGAGAAGACACUGAAGUGGUUAAAGAAAAAGGUCAGUCAAACAGUGAAAGCACUUAAAAGCAACAAUAUAAUUGUAGGUGAAAGGGUAUAUGCAGCUACAUUUGUCAAUGAUAAACAAAUCACGGAUACUAAAGAAGACUAUGUACGAUAUGCCCAUGGAUUAAUAUCAGAAUAUAUUCCUGAAGAUCUGAGUAAGAAGUUAUUAAAAUAUUUAGGGCUCCCAGAACUUAAAAGCCCAGUACCAGAGCCACCAUUGAAGAAAAGGAAGUUAUCAGAUGUCCCUGUGGAAGCAGAACAAGAUUAUACAAAGUUUAACAGCACCAACCCAAAAACCAAAAAGGCAAACAUCAAGAUGACUGCAGCACAAAAGGCUCUAGCCAAAGUUGAUAAGAGUGGAAUGAAAUCCAUUUCUGCUUUCUUCAGUUCCAAACCUAAAGCAUCAAAAUAAAGACUUGUUUUUGAAAGAGUUUUUAUACAGUGGUUAUUUUUAUGUUAAGUUUAAAAUGUCUCCUGGGUUUUUUUUUUUAGUGUAGUAUGUGCAGGACAUGGCUGUGUACAUGGUGGAGUGUGCUGAAGAGAUCUGUGAGCUAGUGUUGGACACUGCUGUUAUGCCUCAGUGAGGCAAGACAGUACCAUGCCAAUGUUCCAGCCUGCGUUAGGGAGACAGCCCAGCUGUAGUAGCAUGGUCCUGUGAGAUAAGAAAGCAAGCUUCAGCAUGGUACCAUCCUGUGCUGCAGCUCCUCAUAGAGCAGGCUUAGUCAAGGCCAGCGCAGCUUUCUCCAUCACGCUCCACUCUGGGACAGAAGCAUGACCUCUUUUGAGUUGCUAAGGAGAUUUUUUUUUCAUUCAUAAGAAGCAUUAUUUUUUGAUACUUUCUAGAGCAUUUUUACCCCAUGUAACAGCAGAGUAGGACAACAUUGUUAGAUUUUUAUGUUGACCUGAAUCUUAUGUGCUGAUGUAAGCAUUGCCAUUGGUAGAGAUAGUGCCUGUAUUGGGAUUUGGUUUGUUUUGAAUGUGCCAGAAACAAAUUGCAAUAAAGGUCAUCGUGCUUUGUGAAACAAA